GGAAGAUCAUUUAUUAAUAUGCUGGCAUUUAGAAGGUGGUAUUGCACAUUCCACUGUUGUAACAGAAUUUCCAAAUGAUUUUUAUUCUACCGAUAUGCAAUGGCACCCUCGUCCCAAUCAUACUGCUUCUGCUGCCAAGACAUCUUCUUUAGAUGUGUUAUUAAUUACUACAGCUGAUGGAAAAUACCAUUUGGUUAAUAAAAAUGGUCGUAUUGAAAAGAGUAUCGAUGCCCACAAAGGUGCGACCACAGUAGGUAGAUGGAGUUUUGAUGGUUCUGCAUUAUUGACAGCUGGUGAGGAUGGGUUAAUCAAGAUCUGGUCUCGCAGUGGUAUGCUUCGAUCUACAUUAGUAAAAGCAAGCCUUCCUAUAUUAACAUCAAGCUGGAGUCCUGACUGUUCAAUGAUAUUAUAUUCCCAGGGUGGAAAUUUACUCCUUCAGUCAUUUAAUUCUAACUCCAAACCAUACAAGUGGCAUGCACAUGAUAAUCUCACUCUGGUUGCUUGCUGGAAUCCAACAAAUGGAUUUAUAGUUUCUGGUGGCGAAGACUGUAAGUAUAAGUCGGAUGGGCUCUCCUCUGUCACCAAUGGCGGCGGAUAUGGUCAUGUGCGACCUCGAGCAGAUUGCAAUCCUACAACUCAAUUAUGUUUCACAGUUUUAUUGUCGGACUUAAAAUCGGCCCCCUCCCCUGCGACCAAAAACACGGACAGCGAAAGCGACGCCGAAACCGACGCCGGCGAAAACAACGCCGACCCUGGCGACAACGAAGAGGACGAUGACUCCGAAACCGAGAGUAACGCCGAUAACAACACGGAUCCGGAGGACGAGGACGAAACAGGGGUAUAA